UCGACGGACUCAGCUAAAAUCAGUUGGAAAUCAAAUAUUUUAGAAAAACGUCAAAAAACCAACAUUGACCUUUGGCAGGAGCAAGUGAUAAACCACACAGGAAAGACGAAAGCCAAAUACAUUGUACAUUGUAUACUGUACAUAUAUUAAUCUAGUAACCACAACAGAAACAAAAGCUGCCGAAAAAAAAUACGAAGCAACUGCAAUUUCAGUGAGUGCACACGCAUACUGUUUGUCACUCGUCAGUCUGCCCGUCGACUCGUCCUUUGUGUGCGGUGUGUGUGUGUUUUGUGUUAAAGGUCAGAACUCAUAUGAAAAUGUCGCGCUCUAACCAAGAAGCAAUGUCAACAAAUGUCGACGAGGACAUGGCCUCGUCCAUGCAUCCAGCAUCCUCAGUACUCGUAUCCCCAUCAGCAUCUGCAUCUGCAUCUGCAUCGAUGUCCAGCAGCAGCCUGACGGGUGGCACACCUCUGUUUAGGGCCAGCCGGGCCACGGUGGCCGCUGCCCUGCUGGUGGCCAUUGUUCUGUGCACCGGCAGCUUCGGAGUCGCCGACGGCCUCAAGUGCCACAUGUGCGGCCAGUACAACGAGGGCGUGGGCUCCAUCACGCCCUGCACCAACUACACCAAAGACAUUGCCCAUCUCUAUCUGAAGGAGUGCACCAAGAAGAGCGAGAAAUAUUGCGUGAAAUACGUUAGUGAGCUGUCGACCGUUCGCGAUUGUGCCACCGAGUGUGUGGAGAAAGAAAUUUGGGAGACCCAAACACAUUGCUGCACCGAGGAUGGCUGUAAUUCUGGCACCCACUUGGCCUACUCUGUCAUCUUGUUGACCCUGCCCUUCCUAUCGAUCUGGCCCACAGCCGUCGAUCUCUGGAACAUGAGGCGUUAGGUUGAACAAUUGUUCAGAUGAUUCACAAUAUCAUUUGUUACUUUUUUAUUUAUGAACUUAUUUUUGAACUAAGAAAGUGUAUAAAAAUUCAAAAGUUUAGCAUUUAUAUUGAGUUUCAAAAACAAACAUACGAAAAAUAAAUUCUGUGAACGGGACCUAAUCAACUAAACAAAACAUAAAGAAGAAAAUUUCUAUGAAAAUUCAACCAUUCGAACCUGUUUUGAUGUGACUUAUAAACUCAUACGAUUCCAAAACGAAUUAAAUAUGUAUAUGAAUAUGUUGCAAUAUAUAUUUACUGUUAAUACUUUGCGGCUUUGUAUUUCUGACUGUCUUCCCAAAAUGCACCAUAAUAUCUGAAUAAAAAUAACAAUGAUAAAACUCUUGAAACCAAACAACUAAAUGUUAAAUAAUUAAAUAGAAGAAAAUGCAAAUGCAAACCUAAACUAAAUCGUAUUCACUAUAAAACAUAAUGCCAAAAUUUAAUUAGAUAUAACAAGAGAUGAACAAAAAAAUGUUGAGAGAAAGAAAACCAGUAUUGUCUGUAAGAAAAAUGCCAGCUGUCAAAAGUACAUAAAGAAAUGCAAUCACAUUGAGACGUUAAAUAUAUAAAUAUCAUAUAAUUAGCGUCGUUGAAUGCAUUACAAUUUCACAGUUCAUAAACAUUAAUAAAUACAUUAAACCUAAGAACAAGAACAAAGAACGAAAGUAACGUAGAAAUAAAUCGUGGUAAAGUAUUUGCUUUAUAAUUUCUAUAAAGAUCCACUAAUAUUACGCAAAUGUCAAAGUCACGGUGCGUUUAUUUUGGGGUCUGUGACUUUGUACUUUGUACAAGUAAUAUUUGCUGGAUACUCUAUUAUAUGUUGUUCCUUCUGGCCGAAGA